AUGUCUAAUAAUAUAAAUCCAUCGAUACAAAUAUUACCAGUGGAAAUAUUUCAUCGUAUUUUUGAUAGUCUUGAUGUUCAAACUAUUUUAUUUUCAAUUCGACCAGUGAAUCAAUUAUUUCGAGCAUUGGUCAAUAGUUAUGAUCGGUAUAAUUUGGAUUUUAAGUCAAUAUCAAAGUCAAAUUUUCAUCUAUUAUGUCGUUCAAUUAAUCCUCAAAAUGUGAUAUCAUUAAAACUUUGCGAUGAUGAAUAUACUCCAAAUCAAAUAGCUUUAUUUAUUUCAUCGUUUCGUCUUCGACAAUUAACUCGACUUCAUUCAAUAACUUUAUUUGGUAUUGAAGAAUUUCAAUUGAACAUGAUUUUAAAACGUAUCAAUUUAAAUUUGCUGACUUCAUUUUCAUUAAAUAUUCGACAAUAUGAUAAUAGACGAAAAAAAACGACAUCAAAUUUUCUUUCAUUAAUUUUAGGACAAUCUAAUAUUCGAAAAAUUGAAUUGAAUAUAAAAAAUGAUCGAAUAUCUAGUAUAUUAUGGCCCGUCAAUUCUAGAAUCAGAUAUUUAAUUAUAGAUUCAGAGAUUAGUUUGGACAAUAUGUUAACUAUUUUUUCGUGUUCUCCUCAACUUCAUACACUUAUUCUGAAACAAAAUUUACCAAACUUGAUUAAGAAUAUGAAACAGACAUGUUCUUUUUCACAAUUAACUUCAUUGACCAUAGAACAACUAGAUGUUACAAUCGAUCAGCUUGAAUUAUUUCUUUUGUUAACACCAUCGCUAAUUUAUCUUAAAUUAAUUGGUGAACAAUGUGAAUUAGAUGGUAAACGAUGUGAACAAUUUAUUCAGAUAAAUCUUCCUUAUUUGAAUAAUUUUGAAUUUUUUAUUGAUAUAAUUAAACUAGUUCCUCAAACUCAAGAAGAUAUUGAAUUAAUAAUUGAAUCAUUUCGAAAUUCAUUUUGGAUUGAAUAUAAAAAAUGGUUUGUAGCCUGUCAAUUGAAGUCUAAUGCUUUACAUAGGAUUCAAAUUUAUUCAAUACCAAUAUGUAAAUAUGUUCUUCAAUAUGAAUUAGAUUCAAAUUAUAUCUAUCGUUCUAAUUCGACAAUAUUGUUGAACAAUGAUCUAUUUACAAUAAAGAAUGUCAAUGAACUUGUUUUACCAUUGAAAUUAUCAACAUAUGGAAUAGUGAAAGAAGAAUUAACAAGAAACAAUUCUAUGUUUCCUAAUGUAACUAAAAUUAAUUUAAUGAUUGAAAGACAAUCUCCUAUGAGUUCAUUAGACUUUCUUACUUCAAUAAUCAAUGUUUCAAAAUUGGUUGAAGUCAAAUUAGAAAGUUAUUGUUUCAACCAAGAUAAUCAAAAUCUUUUAGUUAAAAUUAUUUCUAUUCUUAAACAAGCAUAUUCUCUUUCAUCUUUGAUAGUUCAAAGUCGUUAUGGUAAAUAUCGAUUAUAUCCAUUUUUGAAUCGUUUAUGUUCAAAAAUUCCACGUCAGACUAAAUGUUUACAAAUACCAAUCAAUCAAUUAAAUCAAAUUGAAAUCAUUUUUAAACGAUGUCAAAAUUUGUCAGUUGUACGAUUUGAGAUAACACGUUCGAAAUUUUCUCAACAGGUCAUUGACUGGUUUAAUCAGAACACUAUGAAUUCAACAUUUCGAAGACAUAAUGGAUGUGACAUCGUAUGGAUUGGAAAGAAAAUAAAUCAUAUCAAAGAUAGUCAUAAACGAAUUAAGUUGGAUGAAAAUCAAUUCGAUUCUUAA